CAACUCUGUGCCUCAAUAUCAGGCAUAAAUGUCAAAGAGGCAUGGCUGAAUGUCAUUUUCUUUCUACGACAGAAAUGGCGUUCCAGUCCAACGUUAUCAACUCACAGCCUCAGGUCACCAUCACGACCACACAGUACUCAUCGACAACAUCUGACUGGAGCACGGGUUUGUGUGACUGCUGUGACGACUGCGGAAUCUGUAUUUGCGGAACCUUUGUCCCGUGUAUCCUGGGCUGUCAGGUGGCCCAAGAGCACGGGGAAAGUUGCUGCCUGCCGUGCCUCCCUGGCGCCAUUGUUGCUCUGCGUACCAGCAUGCGUCACAAAUACCACAUCAGUGGCUCUGUGUGUGAAGACUGGUGCUCGAUGGCUUGCCUGCCUUGGUGUGGACUCUGUCAAAUGGCACGGGAACAAAGGAUGAGAGGAUAAAAAAAAAUGAAGGAUGUAAUUUUUU